AUGUCUUUUCCUCCCAGUCUUGAAUGGAAUGAUAGACGACGGUUAGGCAUCCUUUCACGAACACUCAACUCAACCUCAUGCAUUCGAUGGAUUCUGCCAGCAAGAAUAAGAUCUCCAUCGAAGGAGGACGUUGUUUUCGUCGGGGCAACAUUCAUACAGCUGUACGAGUUCAUCGAGACUGGACAGUUAGUCAACACAACAGCCAAGCUCGACAUUGGAACUCAAAUCACUGAUGCGAAAGUCAUCUCCGCUGACGUUGAAGUCAUUCCCAUCCUCGACGCGAUCUUGAAACAAGAGAGAGACCAAGAAAACUACAGCAUUGGUGGGCAGCCUAUUAACCAUGGUGAUCCAGCACAGAUACUAGUCAUUGUGACUGUCGACAAUGAACUCAUCUUUGCCUGUGCACGAGAGGAUAACAGCGGCGAUGUAAGGUUUGUCUUUGCAAAGCGGCCUUUUCUCAGAGGAGCAGGGCUGCCGUCCAGUCAAUGCCGAUAUGUUGCAGUUGAACCAAAGUCUCGUGCGCUUGCAGUUGCGUCCCCUUCAGGCUAUGUUGGGAUAUUCAAGCUACGCAAGGUUGACCACAUCCAGAGAGAAAUAGAGAAGUGGAAUCCUCUUGAACACGGCUCAUUUCGUCCGUCAGAUGAACAACGUUUCAUUCAGAUCCGAGGCGAUGUCAUGAUGAUUACCUUUUUACCUAGCCCUGAAUCGGAUCCCAAUAGAGUGGUGCUUCUCCUUCUGGUCUGGGGUGGUUCAGAAGAGAAAUCAACACGCCAGUAUAUGUACAGCUGGGAUACACGAUCGCCGCUUCAAACAAUAAAGCCUAUACCUAGUAGUGGGCGGGUGCUGGCCGAGGAGGAAAUCCCAUCAAUGCUAAUUCCCUCUGCACGACCCUAUUCAUUUAUCAUGGUUAUGAAAACAGGCCUAUCGUAUUAUGAGAAUGUCCACACCAGUGACACUAAACGGAUCCAUUGCCCCUUUGGACAACAAGCAGCAGGGAGUCUAGAGUGGGUUCAGUGGGCAAAACCAAGUCGCCACAACGAGUACAAGGAGAAACGAGAUGACUUUGUGCUGCUGCGAGAGGACGGCCUCCUUCAAUACUUCCAAAUUGAGAAGGCCUCUAGCUCGAAAAUCAACUUGAACUGGACAAUUGGACGACUUGGGCUGAAAGCGGACACAGCAUUCUGCAUGCUCGCAGGCCCUCCGGGCAAAGGUGGCGACAUCUUCAUAGUUGGAGGUAGUAUGACAGAUGGAGGCGUCUUCCAUGUCUCUGCGAGAGGAACACCCGAGUGCAUUCAGCUUCUGGAGUCAAUAUGUCCUCUUCGAGGCAUGGUUCUUGGUCCAUCCAGCGCUAAUCAACUUACCGACACCUGGCCACGAGAGGAUCCGGAUCGAUUAUUCGCAUGCUGCAGUCGUGGUUCAGACCAGGGAGUUCUGCUCGAGAUUGGAUACGGCGUGGAGGCACAGGUUGGGUGGACCGUCCCGUACCCCGAUGCUGCCUUGAUUGACAGGCUGUGGACGUUGGAGUUACCGGAUCGUAACGAACUACUGGUACUGGCUUCCCAACCAACACAGUCAUCCAUGGUAUCAUUUGAGCUUGACACGCAAGAGCUCUCUUUCACAAAUUCAGAAAGCCACCCCGGAUUUGACUUUGAUCACCCUACUCUAAUGGCAGCCGUUGUAGGUGGAAACUCCAUACUACAGGUCACCACACAGAGCAUCAGCGUGGUCCCCACCGCAGUUGAAGCUUCUCUUUCAGAGUUUGUCCGCAUGAAAUGUGAACUACGUGAAGCAGCAUUCUUCGAGGAUGGUCGACUGUUUGUGACGGCCCGUCAGGCAACUGAGGGCUAUGAGAUAUGUCUUACUUCGAUCUUGGAUUCGGUGGACGGUUAUGGUGUCAUCUUGAAGGAAGGAACAUCGACACUACUGAGGGACAUUCCUACUAGCCUGUGUUGCUUUGAAAUUCAGGGCAGACGCUUGGUACUCGUUGGCUCUGACGAGGGGCGACUCCACUGGUAUAUUGUGCAGGAAGACACGUCUCUGCGAAAAGUUUUUGAUCGUACUGCUGACCAGUUCCAUUACAAACUUCCGGGAAAAUGCGCAGUGAGCUCCCUUGCUGCACUUAAACGAUGUGACGGAGAUCCGGUCCUCCUUCUCUGCGGCCUGCGGUAUGGGCUUCUGAUCUGUCUGGAUUUCAGGUGCCAGGAUCAGCAUUUCGAUGUGUUUUAUUCCGGCAUACAUAGGCUAGGAGCAACCUCGAUCCGCAUUUUUGAGGAACACAUGUCCCCAGGACGAUCGGGUGCGUCCUCGGCACUAGUACUGUGCGGAUCGGCGACCAGCCGUGUUACUCUUCACCGCAAUGCUUCAAUGGUCGACUACACUAUGUCUUCAUUGUAUGUCACGGACCGUUCAGAUCCUUCGGCCCAGUACACUGUCACUUCUCUUCAUCGAAUCCCAAAGCUGUCCUCCCCGUGUCAAGACCCAGGUGGCUUGGUGGUUUGUGCAACCGAGGACGAGCUUUUAUUCUGCUCAUUAGUAGCUCAAGAACAAACCGUUACGCGAAGAACGUCCGCUGAUGGCAUACCACGACAUGUGCUGUAUUCAGAGUAUCUCGAAAAAUUUGUUGUCGCUUUCGAGAAAACUCAUCUUCUGACUGGAGCUCCUCGCCCCAAGGACCUCCAGAAUAUUCCGUCCAGUCGGAUGGGAAGUGGCAUGAAGACAUCACUUCCUCCACGAAAGAUACAACAAGUGGGUCUUCAUGUCAUCGACCCUAGUCUGAAAGCGUCCAGCGACGGUCGACUCUCUGUGAUUGUGACAGAAGAGACCAAUGAGAGUGUCAAUGCUCUGAUCCAUUGGGCUCCAACAGACGGAGAACAUCAUUACGAAUGGUUUGUCCUAGCUCUUGAGCAAAAGGAGGCAGGCUUUCCUCGGUGCAGUGGGCGGGUUGUCUGCGUCAAUGCAAAGAACCUCAGCAAAGGGAUCCCAGACACAAAUCCCAAGGUUGCGUUCAGAAGCCCGGAACAACCCGUCACGGCGAUUUGCGCUUACAAGAUGUCGUCUCUCCUGAUUGCCGCAGGAAGAGAAAUUCACCUCCACCACCUAGACUUUGCUUCCCGCAAAUGGAAGACGCUUUCAAAACACCGAUUGCCGUCCGCUGCGAAGAGCAUUUCGUGCCAGGGAUCACUCAUCUUCAUUGCCACAGCAAAACAUUCGCUUUUCGUGCUGAUAGAGCGGUCCAACAAGCUGUUCGAGCACAAGUCGGACAAUGAAGCGAGAGCAACCAAGAACGUUGUGCCUUUCGACAACAGUUCGGCCAUUUUCUCUGCCUGGAACGGUGGCACCACCGAUAUCAUGGCGUUCGGCGGUUUCCACCAGGACGGCGAAGAGCCCUACCCGUUGUUCCAGGCAAACUUGCCUCUUCUCAUCGACCACCUUCUCCUCAGGCCACACUCGGUUUACCUCCGCAAUAAAUACUCUUCUCACCGACAUCGCUUCUAUGCAAGUGCCAGUGACGGGACCUUGUUCCACCUUACCGUGAUCCAGUAUGACGAAUGGAAGCUCCUCCAUUUUCUGGAGCAGGCGAGCUACAUGACUACCAGAUCGAUCAAGCCGGUUCCUAUCAGGGCACGAGACGGCGAUGGCGACGAAGUCACCGUCCGGCCGCCCGUCGUCCGAUUAAAGGAUAUGCACGUUCGAGGCGAUCGGUUACUUCUGAUGAUAGAGGAAGGACCGUACAACUUGCGCAAAAUCCUCAAGGGGUCGAUGCUGGAAGAGUUCAACGCCUUGGCCGAAUGUGCGCUGGGGCCGAAAGAAAACUACGUAGAGAGCGUUGCUGUGUGGGUGAGAAAACUCCUCCACCACCCGUCUAAUGAGUGGGUAGAAGAAUGA